CACGGCGAGGACGCUCCCUCGCUGAUUUCUGCCCGAGUCGCCAUUGCCUCCGCAGGACACCGAAGAAGGCCCCGCUGCAGCUGCGGUCCCCUGGCGAGGUGAUGGCCAAGGUGUCGGUGCUGAACGUGGCUGUGCUGGAAAACCCGAGCCCUUUCCACAGCCCCUUCCGGUUCGAGAUCAGCUUCGAGUGCAGUGAGGCCCUGUCUGACGACCUGGAGUGGAAGAUCAUUUAUGUGGGCUCAGCUGAGAGUGAGGAAUUUGAUCAGAUCCUAGACUCAGUGCUGGUGGGUCCUGUCCCUGCUGGAAGACAUAUGUUCAUCUUUCAGGCUGAUGCCCCAAACCCAUCCCUCAUUCCCGAGAUGGACGCUGUGGGUGUGACUGUGGUCCUUAUCACCUGUACCUACCAUGGACAAGAGUUCAUUCGUGUGGGCUACUAUGUCAACAAUGAAUACCCAGAUCCAGAGCUUCAGGAGAACCCUCCCCCAAAGCCAGACUUUUCUCAGCUUCAGCGAAACAUCUUGGCUUCUAAUCCCCGGGUGACCCGAUUCCAUAUCAACUGGGACAACAACCCAGACAGGCUGGAGGUCAUAGAGAACCAGGACCCCAGUCUGGAUUUCGGCCUUCCCUUCAGUUGUACUCCUCUCAAAAGUCUGGGCCUUCCUACCUGCAUCCCAGGCCUCCUCCCGGAGAACUCCAUGGACUGCAUCUGAUGGGAGCCAGGCUGGUCCCAGUAGGACCAUGGCCAGUCUCCUUGCAUACCUGAAGGGGAUCUAAGGCCCUCAUGCUUGGUCAUCUCAAGGAUUUGGGGGUCACCGACUGCCUCCAGACUCGUCAUCCCCAGGAAAAUAUGGACCACAAUCUCUCACCUCAGGUCCAGAAGAAUCAUCUCACUCUGACCCACCAGCCUCUAAGAAGCAGGUACUUAUAUGCUUGUUCUUUGUGUUGUUUUUCCUUCUACACUGUCAGUUCCUGUGAGAAGCUCUCUAUCACCUGUCUUGAGGCUUGUUGGGCGAUGCCUGGCUAGCCUUUGGCCAGAGGCUGUCACUGCUGCCCACUCCAGUUCUUGGGGUCUCAGGCAAGGAAUACUGGUUAGAAGGCAGACUCAAUAUCACCACUGUCCUUCCACGGUGUCUUAGUCAUUUAGUCUAACCACUACUAGAGAACUCCCAAAGGUGAGCUCCCCAGGCCAAGGAGGAAUGGUGGGUACUUUGUUCACAGCUACCUUCUCAUCUCGUGACUGAGCCUGACUUUCUGAGAGGAUUGCCCUGGGUAGAAUAUGUUUGUUGGAGGUCCUGAUGACAUGUUCUCAUGAGCUACACAGUAUUCUGGGAGGCAUUUGGCAGACUGACCUGAAAAACUUAUACUCCCAUCUGCCUCUACGUAAGCCCUGGGCCUCUUGCUGCUACACGGAUGCUAUUGUGAUUGCAGUGUGUAU